AAAAAUAAAGUAGCUGUCGUGUCGUAGCAAAUUGAAAGUAAAGUAUACGUAAAAAAAUUUCUCUGAACUUUCAUUUAAAAAAAAAAAAUAUCAAUUUUCUCUCAACAUUUUUAUAUUUUUAUAAUUUAAAAAAAAAUAAAGUACGCGUGUGCAAAGAAAUUCAAAGUAGAAAAUAGAAUAGCAUCUUCUAUAUUUGCUCUGAAUAUUUUGUUAUUGUAUUUUUUUAUGCUCUUCAAUUUUAUUAUUUAAAUAAAAUUUUCUUUUCUGUGGUCAGUAUAUCUUCGGCAUUUUGUUAAUGAAGUUUUCGAAAAAAAAAAAAGAAAAGAAAAACAAAAAAAUAGAAGAGAAGAACAAGAAACACGCUUAAAUGGACAAAAUUAUUAGUGAAUACGGUGAAAUAAAAUUAUAAUUAAUAUAUAUAUAUAUAUUUAUAUACACAAUAUAUAUAUAAAAAUAUAAAAAAAGAAAAAAAAUUUUUUUUUCGCUAACUUUUCAUUUCUAUAAUAUUAUUUUUUGAGGAUAAUAAAAUCAAUAAAAAAAAAAAUUUAAAUCAUAGAUAUUACAUAAAAAAAAAAAGAAAGAGAAAGCAUAAAAAAUUGAAAAAAAAAAUUAGAUUUUUAAUAAAAUAAAAAAUUUUAAUUGAGAUAUUCAAAAAAAAGCAAAAAAAAAAGAAAAUUUUAUAAAAAUUCAUAAGGAAUGGCACCUAAUAAAAAAAGCCAAUCAAAAUUGAGUGAUACCUAUGAAGGUAAUGGCGAUUAUUCAUAUAAUAAUGAUGAAGAAACCGAUUUUAAACGUAAAAGUGGAAAUGGUGCAGAAGAAAACAAUGAUCAUCAACAAGAUGGAAGCCAUAUUAAUGAAAAGGCAAAUGAAUAUCUAAAAGAUUGCAUAUUAGAAAAAAGCAAAUUAGAUAAAAAAUUUCCAAUAUGUGAACGUUUAUUGGAUGCAGAAAUUGAAAAAGUUCAAACAACUGGUCGCAUUCCAACCAGAGAUCCAAAAUAUGUUGAUAUUUACCGUGAAAAACCAGUACGUGUUGCCCAAAAAAUUCUUGUGCCUGUCAGAGAGCACCCAAAGUUUAAUUUUGUUGGCAAAUUAUUGGGUCCAAAAGGUAAUUCAUUACGUCGUCUACAAGAAGAAACAUUAUGUAAAAUGACUGUUUUGGGACGUAAUUCAAUGAAAGAUCGUGUUAAAGAAGAAGAAUUACGUAAUUCAUUGGAUCCAAAAUAUGCACAUUUAAAUGAUGAUUUACAUGUUGAAAUAUCAACAAUUGCCCCACCAGCUGAAGCUCAUGCACGUAUUGCAUAUGCAAUGGCUGAAUUAAGAAAAUAUUUAAUACCUGAUAGUAAUGAUAUUAUCAGACAAGAACAAUUGCGUGAAUUAAUGGACAAUCCUCCAGUUGAAGGUGAAGCUAAACCAACGAUAUAUAAACCAAGAACUAGUGCUGUUAUACCAAAACCAUCAUACAUAGGAUAUAGGCCACCAGCAGCUGUACCACAUGCACCACAAACAGUCAGUAGAACACCUGUACCACCAAAACAGAAAGUUCUUUCAAUUUUGGAUAGAGCAAGAACAGCAAUGGAAGAACCAUACAGGGGCUCUUAUAACGAAAACUAUUCUUAUUUUAGCCGACAUUAUGAAGAACAAGUUGCUUAUGAAGCUCCAGUAUAUGAUAGUUAUUCAUAUGCACAUGCACCACCACCAAGAAGUGCACAAUAUGAGACAGCUGAAUAUGAACCAGAAUAUCGCAGGGAAUAUUAUCAGCCAUCACCAAGCUAUACAGCAGGAGCGUCAAAAGCAAGCGCACGAUCCUGGAAAACCACCUCAGUACCCGCUACAGAUUAUUACCAAUCGUCGUCAAGGCGUCACGUAGAUGAAGUUGGUUCUUCAUCAAAACAUUCACAUAGUAGCCGUGAAGCGCGAUAUAAGAGUGCACCGUAUCCAAAAACGAAAUAAUUAAAAGAGAAAAAAACAAAAACUAAACACGCAAAGUGAGAAAAUUUAAGAAAAAAGAAAACAAAAAACAUAUAAAAUAAAAGAAAAUAACUAAAAGAUAAAAAAAAAAAAUCUGAAAUUAUUAUUAUGAUGAAGUAGAAAGCAAGAAAACAUAAAAGCAACACAAGAUUUUUCAAUAUUUUGAAUAAAGAAGGGAAAAGAGAAACAAAAAAAAAACAAAAAGAAAGCAAAAAGAAAUAUUUUUAAGUAUAAAAUUAUACUGCUAAAAUUUAAUUAUAAAAAUUAAUAAUUAUUUAGAUGAGAAAUUCAUCAAAUUAAAGGAAAACAAAAUAAAAAUUAGAGAAAAAAAACAAACUUUAAUAAUAUUAUAUAAUCAAUGAAAUUGAAAUAAGAAUAUAUUUAAAAAAAAAAAACAAAAACAAAUUAUAUAAAAAAAUUAAAAAUAUAAAUGUGCUUUUUUUUUUUUUUGUAAAUG